CUGAAGAGAAGAGACAGAUAUCACAAAUCGGAUUAUACUACAAGACGAGUCAAGGGGAUCACUGCAAUACACAAGGCCAAAAUGGAAAGGGAGGUGGUGCUUUGGGCCGUUGUACUUUUUCCAAAUGGCGGAGCUGCAACAGUUCUUGCCAGCUGGUUCAGUCUAAAGGAAGGUAAAUUGUUAUGGCCCCCAAAAAACAUGUAUUUGAAGGCCCUUAAAGAACACAUGACGGCCCAUAAAGGAUGGACCACAUAUGCGAAUGUCCGGCUCUUGAUUACUUGUGACUCAUUGGAAAAGGCCAAACGAUACGAAGAAAAGUAUGUGACUACUGGAUGUCCAACCACUGAUCUGAGCUCUGAGGACGAAGCAGGUGAACGUGGGAAAAGAAGAGUAAGACCAAAUCCUGUGUACAUGGAGUCAGAUGGGGAGUCAGAAACCAGCUGUGUGAAGAGAAGAUUUGCCAAGCCACCUGAUGUUCAUUGUCCUACAGUGCUCCCAGAAUCCAGCCAGUACCCCUCAGGACCAACCCCAAAUGCAAGCAGUGCCUCUGGAGGAAGCCACUCGGAGGAUGUUCUGUCAAUUCACCAGGCUGACAAUGGCUUUUGUGGAAGCUAUUUGGCGGAGUUGGACCAGUCAAUGGACCACUGUAAUGAUGGAUUGCCAACAUAUAACUCCAGCCCCUACCACGCUAUGCCAUUAGAGAAAGCAAGGAAUGACGGCGGUGCCAGCUAUGCACAUGGCUCAAGAUUAGCUGACUUCAGCGCACUGGGCUUGGCUCACCUGACCCCGCAGCACCCAUCCCACCCCCUUCAGCUCCAGAAAACACCACGGGGGAGAUUAUAUGGAGAGGAAUCAAGCAGAGUGUUGAAAGACAUUGCUGCCAUGAGAACCACGAAGAUGCUUACCGAGCUAUGUAUGGAGGUGAAGCAGAUCUCACGUGACAUUAACUUUAUAAAGACGGAACUUGCUAAACUAAACAUUCAUGGAGCUGGACCAGAGUCACAAGAAGACAACUUCCCCAUAAUGCUUCCACUCACCAACGAGGAGAAGUUUGAUGAGACUGAAGCUGCUUUGAGGGAGGAAGCAGUCCGUCGAAAGAUGAUUACCCGCCUGGCAUUAGUCGGAGGGACCAACUCGGAAAAUAUGAUCCGGCGAAUGCUAUCCGCUGCCAUGACAAACAGUUUAGCCUGCAUCUUCAACUGGGUGGGAAAGGGAGAGAAGAGGGCCUUCAAGGACACGCUGAUAAAGGACUGCAUGUUUGCUGCUGCUCGUCAAUUUGACCGCAGGCUGACGGAAUUGACAUUCAGGGUUGGAGUGCAGAAGUGGCUACGUUACGCACCGGAGAGGAAUGGCGGUGUACCAAGGAAAAAAUAGUUAAACGGACAUUGUUUAAAGUUGGGGUGUUUUCGUUCAUGUUGAACUGGGGUCUUAUAGAUCUGAGUUUAUAGUUAAGACUGCCUUUCCACCGAGUAUGACAACCCUGUUUGCAGUUGCCAGGUUUUUAUGUCAUCUGGAGUUUCAGAGCAAAUAUAAUUUGAACUACAGUUGAUGGCCAGAUCAUUGUCUCUAAGGAGCUUCCUCCACUUAAAGGUCCCAUGUCAUGCUUUCCCGGUUAUUACCCGUCCCCUUGUUGUUAUGUAGCUUUUUCUGCAUGUAAAUGGUCUG